AUGAUGCGUUCGAAGGAUGAGAAAGUGAGCGAAAGCGCAAAAAUUGCUAUCUCGGAACUUGAACAUAUUAUGGAGUUACUUGUACACGCUGCAACACCUGGGUCUGUGGAAGUACUUUUUGACGGAUCUCUAGUUUUCAAUCCAUCCACAUUCUCAGAUAGGAUAGUUUUCCUUUUGUCAUGUACGCUACCAAGUAAGAGGCGUACGAUCGAAGUAACCGUGCUAGGAGGAGGUCGAUAUGAUAGUUUGCUUCGCAAAGAGCUUCACCCACAAGAUCUGCGCCCAGCUCAUUCGCUAUGUUUGAUUGGAAUGUCCAUCUCGCUGAAUGUUCUGGCAGAUAUCAAAAAGAAGUUUUCCGAUGAAAAACUGAGCCUAUGUGAUGCUCUCGUGUGUUCCUACUCCUCGCCAUUGCUGGUCGAGAAAUUUGAACUGGCAAAGCUGCUUCGUAAUUCGGGUGUACGCACGGAUAUCAUGCAUGAACCGGUUUCUGGAGUUCCUGAUAUAUUAGAACACUGUCUGCGUAGUAACAUAGAAAACUUGUUAAUUGUAUUUGGUAAAGACGAAGUGCUUGUAAUGAGCAACGCUGUCGAUCAUGGAAAGAUGGCUUUCGCCGCUGCUGUAGACCGCUUGAAGAAGAGAUCAGAUGAGCCCACUUCUCAGAAAAGCCAGGCAGUGACAUCUCCAGCAACGUUUGCCAAUUGUGCUAUUAUCUACGCUACCGGAGAGCGCCCAGCGCUCAACACAAAGAAAAAGAUUGAGGCAAAACAUUUUGCACGAUAA